UACUCCCUUCCCCCUUUUACCCACACGCUUUCUCUCUCUUCUUUCUCUGUUUCUCUCUCUAGAUUCUCGCUCCGAAUUCGUUUCUUCGUUCGUUCGUUCCUCUUUUGCGUUCGUCUUCGCGCGGAUCCGAUUGCGUCAAUUCGAAUUUCGAAAAUCUUGGGUUUCUUGGGAGCAUGGUUGCGGAGUUAGGGUUUUGCGCGGAUCUAGGGUUUCGCGGGUUCUGAGGGCUGCGGGUGUGGAAUUAGGAGGGGGAUUUGAUGGUACGCGUUGGGGAAAAUGCGAGGCUAUGCAUGGGUGUGGAGGUGAGAAGGGUAAGGGGACUCGGCACAUGUGGAAAGCCCCCGUUCGUGGCGACUCGUCUCUGAACGCCGAUGUUUCUUCGUCUUCUUCGUCGUCAUCUUCGACAGUGAAGUCGUUCUGCAAGGACGGUCGCAAAAUUAGCGUUGGUGAAUGUGCUCUCUUCAAACCAUCUGAAGAUCGCCCACCAUUUAUUGGUAUAAUUCAUUGUCUGACAUUUGGCAAAGAGAAAAAAUUGAAGUUAGGUGUUAGUUGGCUUUAUCGAUCCAUUGAAGUAAAACUCAACAAGGGCGUGCCAUUGGAGGCUGCUCCAAAUGAAAUCUUCUACACCUUCCAUAAGGAUGAGACUGAUGCUGAAUCGCUGCUCCAUCCAUGUAAAGUUGCAUUUCUUCGUAAGGGUGCUGAACUUCCAUCAGGGUUUUCUUCAUUUGUGUGCAGGAGGGUUUAUGACAUUGCAAACAAGUGUUUAUGGUGGUUAAAUGAUCAAGAUUAUAUUAAUGAUUGUCAAGAAGAAGUAGAUCAACUAUUAUACAGGACUUGUGUACGAAUGCAUGCAACAGUGCAGCCAGGUGGUCGAUCUCCUAAGCCAAUGAGUAGUCCAACAUCAACAUCACAGUUAAAAUCUGUUUCAGAUAGUGUCCAGAACAAUACUUCUUCCUUUCCAUCUCACAUUAAGGGGAGGAAAAGGGAAAGGGCAGAUCAAGGCUCUGAGCCUGUCAAGCGAGAACGAUCAAUUAAAACUGAGGAUGGAGAUUCUGGUCAUUUCAGGCAUGAUAACAUUUUGAAGACAGAGAUUGCUAAAAUUACAGAAAAGGGACGGCUUGUUGACAAUGAAGGAGUGGAAAAAUUAGUGCAGCUGAUGGUUCCUGAUAGAAAUGAGAAAAAGAUAGAUUUAGCUAGCCGGUCAUUGCUUGCAGCUGUCAUUGCAGCAACAGAAAAAUUAGAUUGUCUUAGUCAGUUUGUGCAGCUGAGGGGUUUGCCUGUAUUUGAUGAAUGGCUCCAAGAGGUCCAUAAAGGGAAGAUUGGUGAUGGUGUUGGGUCUAGGGAUGGUGAUAAAUCUGUCGAGGAAUUUCUCUUGGUAUUGCUUCGGGCACUUGAUAAGCUUCCAGUAAAUCUUCAGGCUUUACAAACAUGCAACAUUGGAAAAUCUGUGAAUCAUUUGCGAACGCAUAAAAACACUGAAAUUCAGAGGAAAGCAAGAGGUUUAGUGGACACAUGGAAGAAACGUGUUGAAGCUGAAAUGAAUAUAAAAGAUGCAAAGUCUGGUUCAGGUCCCACUGUUCACUGGCCUGCCAAAUCACGUUCUUCUGAUGUUGGUCAUGGCGGGAAUAGACAUUCAGGUGCAUCAUCUGAUAUUGCCAUGAAGAGUUCUGUUACACAGCUUUCUGCAUCCAAAACAGCCUCUGUGAAGAUUGUCCAGGGAGAGAAUACUAUUAGAUCUGCAUCGACAUCUACAUUUCCAGGGCCUGCUAAAUCAGUGCUGUCACCUGCAUCUGUGACUGCAAACCUAAAAGAUGGACAGCCCUGUAUUGCCGCUGUCAGUGGAGGUUCUGAUCUUCCCAUGGUGAAUGCAAGGGAUGAGAAAAGUAGUAGUUCUAGUCAAUCUCACAACAACAGUCAAUCUUGUUCUAGUGACCAUGCUAAAACUGGAGGUCAUUCAGGAAAGGAGGAUGCCAGAAGCUCUACUGCAAUGAGCGUGAAUAAGAUAUCUGGAGGCUCUUCACGGCACCGAAAAUCUAUUAAUGGAUUUUCAGGUUCAACUCCAUCCGGAGGGCAAAGGGAAACUGGAUCAAGUAGGAAUUCCUCCUUGCACAAAAAUUUAACUUCAGAGAAAAUAUCUCAACCUGGAUUAAUGGAUAAGGCACUUGAUGGAACUUCUCUUGAAGGAGUUACUUGCAAGUUGAUUGUUAAAAUUCCAAGCCAAGGUAGAAGCCCUGCUCAAAGUGCUAGUGCAGGUUCUUUUGAUGAUCCUACAAUCAUGAAUAGUCGAGCCUCAUCUCCUGUUCUUCCAGAGAAGCACGAUCAGUUUGAUCACUGCUCAAAGGAAAAGAGUGACCUUUAUCGAGCCAAUAUUGGCUCAGAUAUUAAUACUGAAUCUUGGCAGAGUAAUGAUUUUAAAGAUGUAUUGACUGGCUCUGAUGAGGCUGAUGGAUCACCUGCUGCAGUUACUGAUGAAGAGCGCUGUCGGAUUGUCAAUGAUUGUAAGAAAACAUUUGAGGUACCAAAAGCCGCUUCCUCAUCAUCUGGAAAUGAAAAUAAAGCUGGAAAUUUGCAGGAUGCUUCUUACAGCUCAAUAAAUGCUUUAAUUGAAGGUGUUAAGUACUCUGAGGCUGAUGAUGUUGGAAUGAAUCUUCUUGCGAGUGUGGCUGCUGGAGAGAUUUUGAAAUCCGAAUUGUUAACUCCGACUGGAUCUCCAGAAAGAAACACUGCUGCUGUUGAACAGUCAUGCACAGGCAAUGGUAUGGUUAAGUCAUCUGAAGAAAAUCUUGUCCGGGAUGAAUGCCACUCAAAUAAUGGUCUUGAUGGUGAACAUAAGAAUCAGGGUUCUGUAACAGAUGAUUUAGGGGCAAAUGAUGAAAGUGAUUCUGAUUUUCGAGCUUCUGGUGAGAAAGCUGCAAGAGAGCUAAAUAAGAGUGUUAAUGCAUGUAGUAUGGAUUUGCAACAGGUUUCUGAAAUUAUUUUAGAAAGCAAAGGAAAAUUAAACGAAAAAUCUGUAUCUACUGCAUUGCGUGGCCUUUCUGAAAGUUCUGUACAAGAAGCUAGAGAUGGUGACAGAAGCAAGCAGCUCCAGGAGGUUGGUCGGGGAGUGAAUGGUGGUGAAAUUGUUGAUGUUAAGGUCAGUUCUGUUGCAGAAGUUGAGGCAGAAGCAACUGAAAAAUUGUCACAUAUAGCUGUGGAAGUGGAUGUACAGAGUGAUAAUUGUACUGCUGAAGGAUCGAGUGGUGGUGGACGGACAGCUGCUGUUCUUGUUCCGUCUGAUUUGGCAAGAGGAAAAGAUGAGAAUGUACUCCAUUCUUCUGCUUAUAGUGUUGAUAAGGUUCCUGAAGACUUGACUGAACGGGAGUCUGAAAAAGCUGAUGAUGUUGAUGCUGAGAAUCUUCCUAGUCAGUCUAAAAAGGAAAGAAAUGAGUGUGAAAGUGAUACCUUGACAAUGCCUGAGAAUAGAGGUUUAUGCUCUAUCGUGACUGGUAUUGCUGCUGAACAUGUGGAGGAAAAUUUAGAAACUAAAGAGGUUCAUGACCAACCUGCCAGAGAGGAACUUCCCAAAGAUUCACCUAGUGUCCGUUCACAAGAAAUGGAUAAGCAUCUUGAUUCUAAAGGAUCAAAAUUGACUGCCAUGGAAGCGGAGGAGGCUGAGGAGUGUACCUCUACCACUGCAGAUGCUUCUUCCGUGUCUGCUGCAGCUGUGUCAGAUGCAGAUGCAAAGGUUGAAUUUGAUUUAAAUGAAGGGCUCAAUGCAGAUGAUGAGAAAUGCGGUGAGUUCAACAGCAGUGCACCUGCUGGUCGUUUGGUCAGUCCUGUGCCAUUUCCUGCUUCAUCUAUGUCUUGUGGUAUUCCUGCUCCUGUCACUGUGGCUGCUGCUGCAAAGGGGCACUUUGUGCCUCCUGAAGAUUUAUUGAGAAGUAAAGGGGAAAUUGGUUGGAAGGGAUCCGCUGCCACUAGUGCAUUUAGGCCAGCCGAGCUCAGGAAAGUUAUGGAAAUGCCUUUUGGGGCGCUAACUUCCUCUAUACCUGAUGCUCCAGCUGGAAAGCAGAGUCGAGCACCAUUGGAUAUUGACUUGAAUGUGGCUGAUGAAAGAAUACUUGAUGAUAUUUCUUCUCAACCCUGUGCUCGUCACACGGAUUCUGUAUCUCUUACAACUGAUGGUCAUGAUCCUGUAAGCAGUAAAAUGGCUUCACCUGUUCGCUGCUAUGGAGGGCUUGGUCUUGACUUGAACCAGGUGGAUGAAGCUUCUGAUGUGGGCAAUUGCUUGAGCAGUAAUCAUAAAAUUGAUGUGCCAAUUAAGCAGGUGAAGUCAUCAUUGGGUGGCCCACCAAAUCGAGAAGUGAAUGUCCACAGGGACUUUGAUUUGAACAAUGGACCUUCAGUUGAUGAAGUCACCACUGAAUCCUCAUUGUUCUCUCAGCAUGCCAGGAGCAGUGUGCCAUCUCAACCACCUGUUUCUGGACUUAGGGUGAGUACUGCUGAGCCAGUCAACUUCUCUUGGCUUCCUUCCAGUGGCAACACCUAUUCUGCUGUCACAAUAUCUUCAAUUAUGCCUGAUAGAGGGGAUCAGCCCUUUUCAAUUGUUGCCCCAAAUGGGCCACAAAGGUUGUUGACUCCUGCUGCUGGUGGCAACCCAUUUGGACCUGAUGUUUAUAAGGGACCAGUAUUGUCAUCUCCAUUUGAAUAUCCUGUCUUCCCUUUUAAUUCCAGCUUUCCUCUUCCAUCAGCUUCUUUUUCUGCCGGAUCAACUACUUAUGUAUAUCCAACAUCAGGCAAUCGGCUUUGCUUUCCUGUGGUAAAUUCACAGUUAAUGGGGCCUGCUGGUGCGGUUUCAUCUCAUUACCCCCGGCCUUAUGUUGUUGGCCUUACAGAAGGUAGCAAUAGUGGUAGUGCUGAGACCAGUAGAAAAUGGGCAAGGCAGGGUUUAGAUCUUAAUGCGGGACCCGGAGGUUCAGACAUGGAGGGGAGAGACGACAAUUCUCCUCUUCCAUCUAGGCAACUUUCUGUUGCUAGUUCACAGGCCCUAGCUGAGGAGCAAGCAAGGAUCCAGUUGGCUGGUAGUGUUUGUAAGAGGAAGGAGCCUGAUGGUGGGUGGGAUGGCUACAACCAAUCCUCAUGGCAAUAGCAAUUUAUAAUCAUACAAUCUAAUGACCACAAAUGCUUUUGUGUUGUUGGAGGCCAAAAUUUUCUUAGAAGGGGAAGGCAGAAGCAGACUUGGGUCAAGUGCUAAUUUAUCGGCUUGAGAAAGAUUAUCACCAAUAUAGCAUGCUCUAGAGAAAAGAGACACGAUUGAAAAGCCAGUAGUAAUUUAUCUGAAUAAAACCAUUUGCUAAUGAGGACGAUGGCCUCGAAUCUCUGAUAAUGGCUCCUCAUGUAUGUACAUUCAAACUGGAUCACUUCCGAACAAAAUAAAUGGUAGCUAGCAAACAACUCACUCUGCUUUAUUUACAA